AUGGGCACUGAGUACACCAUGAGCAAGGUCAGCAUCACCAACAUUGGGGACACAGAUCAUGACAUCAAGGAGUUCACCCUCCUCUCGUCACCGACCGGCAAACCUGACAGCUUCGACGUCGUCAAGGAGUUCACAGACGUACAGCCAGGCACCAAGGAGCCUCAGGUGUUCGAGGGAUUCGUGGUGACUGCCCAGUUCUUCCAGAUCCUCAUCACAGAGACACACGGAGGGCAGGAACCACACAUCGUGGAGAUUCAGUUUGAAGGGAAAGAAGUACAAGAUACCGACUGGAUACCUAAUGACGAAGGCUGGGUCAUCUUUUCCUCGGACAAUCCUGAGAAAGGCCACGAACCCGAGAAAGCCUUCGACAACGACCCGACUACCUAUUGGACCGUUGAGGAGGAUGACGUUGGCCAUUGGUUCAUUGUUGUCGAUCUCGGGACACCGUACACCAUUGACAAGGUUCGCAUCACCAACACCGGGGACAAGGACCAUGACGUGGAGUCAUUCAUCUUAUUUAGGUCUCCCAGUGGUGCCCCCGAGACUUGGACACAGGCUGUAGUAGUGCCGAGCGUUCCUGCUGAAGAAAAGGAGCCUCAGGAGUUCGGUGACUUCGUGGAGUCGUCGCGAUUCUUCAGUGUUGUCAUCACUAAGACAAGCGGAGGCCAAGUACCACGAUUGGCGGAGUUCGAAUUUCAUGGCAUAGAAGGUGGUCUUCCGGAGGGACUUCAACCUGAGGAAACUUUUGAGAUAGUACCAGAAGAAAUGGCACCAGCACCGGGGCCUGGACCAGGACCAGGACCAGGACCUGGGCCAGGGCCAGAGGAAGAGGGCCCGGGUCCGGAAGGAGCACCAGGUCCCGAAGGAGCACCUGGUCCGGAAGGAGCACCUGGUCCGGAAGGGGCUCCCGGUCCGGAAGGGGCUCCCGGUCCAGAAGGAGGAGAACCCGGUCCAGAAGGAGCGCCCGGUCCAGAAGGAGGAGAACCCGGUCCAGAAGGAGCGCCCGGUCCAGAAGGAGCGCCUGGCCCAGAAGGACCGGAGGGUCCCGGAGGCCCUGAAGGAGAGGGUCCAGAGGGCGAGAAGCCUGAAGGUCCCGGGGAAGAAGAAGAAGAGGGUCCCGAGGAAGAAGAGCCUGGGGAAGAAGGGCCUGAAGAAGGUGCUCCUGGACCAGAGGAGGGAGAGGAACCAGAAGAGCCUGGAGAAGAAGGACCAGAAGAGCCCGGAGAAGAGGAACCAGAAGAAGGUGCACCCGGACCGGAAGAGGGAGAGGAACCAGAGGGAAACCGCCCCGACCUUGUACAACUUGUAGAGACUACCAAGCUAGUACAAACGUUGGAUUGGCUUCCCACAAACCCGGCUUGGGCUAUCGAGGCAUCAGGUGUCCCGAAAGAGGAGGGUGGAAUCGUCUAUGAUCCGCCAAAGAUCCUCGACGACGAUGGACAGACAUACUGGGCACCACAAGGCUUGGAAAGGUACUUCAAUGAAUGGUAUGUAAUUUUCGACUUGGAAACAACGCACACAAUCGACAAGGUCAGUCUCACACAUCUCGGUGACACGGUUCAUGACGUCAAAACCUUCAUCAUGUCGUACGCGACAGAAGAGGACCCAACCACCUUCCUGCCCAUCAAGUCUUUCGAGGGAGUCCAGCCGGCAGUCAACGAUCCCCAGGAGUUCGCAGGAUUUCUCACUCCUGCGCGUUUCUUUAAGAUCACGAUCACUGCAACAUACCAAGGGUACGAGCCAUACCUUGCAGGACUUGAUUUCCACGGUGUGGAAGGAGAAUUACCCGAGGACCUCGAUCCUGAUAGUGUACUAGAAGAUACAGGUCUUGACGUUGGUGACCUUGUGGCCAUUAUUCCUAUCGUGGAGGCUGCUGAUUGGCUACCCAAACCGAAAGCUCCCGUUGAACCAGUCGAGGAAGAUGGUGUGACGUACGUUGAAUUUGACUACGAGGUGACGUACACCAUGGACAAGAUUGAAAUCACUGACACCACCGUGCAAUCCUUCACGCUGGAGAAAUCGACCACAGGAGAGCCGGACACUUGGGAAGUUGUGAAAACAGUCGAUGACUUACCAGAAGAACCUGACCAACCACGGCAGGUCACCGGCUUCCUGGUUUCGUCACGCUUCUACCGCAUCACAGUCACGUCUACGUAUGAAGAAAAGAAACCGGAUUCGAUAGCGGUCACCACUUUCCACGGUGUUGAAGGAAAGAUUCCUAAAGGGGUUAACACGGAAGACAUCGAAGACCUUCUGGCUGACAAGAUAGACAUGGAGGCUAUUGAAGAGGUCGUUGAAAAAGUAACACAGGCGAAGUGGUUGCCCGGUGAGCCAAGUGAACCAGUAGAGGAGGAAGACGGAAGCACAACCGUAGUUUUCGACUUCGAAACAGAACACACUUUCCACGAAGUGAACAUCGUGGACGAAUCUGUGAAAUCAUUUACAUUGGAGAUUUCCACUGCGGAACAUCCGGAUAAAUGGACUGUGGUGACAACAUACGACGAUGUUAAGCCACAGGAUUACUCUGGCUUCGUGGUAACAGCGAGGUUUAUGCGCAUUGUUGUGACUGAGACGUACGAAGGCAAGAAGACAACCCUAGCCAGCACAACAUUCAACGGAUCUCCAGGUGGGCUACCUGUGACUCCACAAUUUGAAGAACCAGAAGAAGGAUCCGAGGAAGAACCUGAGGAAGAAGGACCAGAGGAGGUAGAAGGUCCGGAAGAAGAGGAAGGGCCAGAGGAAGAAGAGGGUCCAGAAGGUCCGGAGGGAGAAGAGGAAGGAGAGGGUCCGGAGGAAGAGGAAGGUCCGGAAGGUCCAGAGGGUCCGGAAGGUCCAGAGGGAGAAGAGGGUCCAGAAAGCCCGGAGGAAGAAGAGGGCCCGGAAGGUCCGGAAGGUCCGGAAGGUCCGGAGGGAGAAGAGGAAGAAGAGGGUCCGGAAGGUCCGGAGGGUCCAGAGGGCCCGGAAGGUCCAGAGGGAGAAGAGGAAGAAGAGGGUCCGGAAGGUCCGGAAGGUCCGGAGGGAGAAGAGGAAGAAGAGGGUCCGGAAGGUCCGGAGGGUCCAGAGGGCCCGGAAGGUCCAGAGGGUCCGGAAGGUCCAGAAGGUCCAGAGGGAGAAGAAGAAGAAGAGGGUCCGGAGGGCCCAGAAGGUCCGGAGGGUCCAGAGGGUCUAGAAGGUCCGGAGGGUCCAGAGGAAGAGGAAGGUCCAGAGGGUCCGGAAGGUCCAGAGGGUCCGGAAGGUCCGGAGGGAGAGGAAGAAGAGGGCCCGGAGGGUCCAGAAGGUCCGGAGGGAGAAGAGGGUCCAGAGGGUCCGGAGGAAGAGGAAGGUCCGGAAGGUCCAGAGGGAGAAGAGGGUCCAGAAGGCCCGGAGGGAGAAGAGGGCCCGGAAGGUCCAGAGGGUCCAGAGGGCCCGGAGGGUCCAGAGGGUCCGGAAGGUCCAGAGGGAGAAGAAGAAGAAGAGGGUCCAGAGGGCCCAGAAGGUCCGGAGGGUCCGGAAGGUCCAGAGGGAGAAGAGGAAGAAGAGGGUCCGGAAGGUCCGGAGGGUCCAGAGGGCCCAGAAGGUCCAGAGGGUCCAGAGGGCCCGGAAGGUCCAGAGGGUCCGGAAGGUCCAGAGGGAGAAGAGGAAGAAGAGGGUCCGGAAGGUCCGGAAGGUCCGGAGGGUCCAGAGGGCCCGGAAGGUCCAGAGGGUCCGGAAGGGCCGGAAGGUCCAGAGGGAGAAGAAGAAGAAGAGGGUCCGGAGGGCCAGGAAGGUCCGGAGGGUCCAGAAGGUCCAGAGGGUCCAGAGGAAGAGGAGGGUCCAGAGGGUCCAGAGGGUCCGGAAGGUCCGGAGGGAGAGGAAGAAGAGGGCCCGGGGGGCCCAGAAGGUCCAGAGGGAGCGGAAGGGCCUGAGGGUCCCAAGGGUCCGGAAGGUCCGGAAGGCCCGGGAGGUCCGGAAGGUCCAGAAGGCCCGGAAGGUCCAGAAGGUCCGGAGGGUCCAGAAGGUCCGGAGGGUCCAGAGGGUCCGGAAGGUGCAGAGGGUCCGGAAGGUCCAGGAGGUCCGGAAGGUCCAGAGGGUUCGGAAGGUCCGGAAGGCCCGGGAGGUCCAGAGGGUCCGGAAGGCCCGGGAGGUCCGGAGGGUCCGGAAGGUCCGGAGGGUUCGGAAGGGCCUGAGGGUCCCGAGGGUCCGGAGGGUCCGGAAGGUCAAGAGGGUCCAGAGGGUCCGGAAGGCCCGGGAGGUCCAGAGGGUCCGGAAGGUCCGGAGGGUCCAGAGGAAGAGGAGGGUCCGGAAGGUCCAGAGGGUCCGGAAGGUCCAGAGGGUCCGGAAGGUCCAGGAGGUCCGGAAGGUCCAGGAGGUCCGGAAGGUCCAGGAGGUCCGGAAGGUCCGGAAGGUCCAGAGGGUCCAGGAGGUCCAGAGGGUCCAGGAGGUCCAGAGGGUCCGGAAGGCCCGGGAGGUCCGGAAGGUCCAGAGGGUCCGGAAGGUCCAGAGGGUCCGGAAGGUCCAGAGGGUCCAGAAGGUCCGGAGGGUCCAGAAGGUCCGGAGGGUCCAGAGGAAGAGGAGGGUCCGGAAGGUCCAGAGGGUCCGGAAGGUCCAGAGGGUCCGGAAGGUCCAGGAGGUCCGGAAGGCCCAGGAGGUCCGGAAGGUCCAGGAGGUCCGGAAGGUCCGGAAGGGCCGGAAGGUCCAGAGGGUCCGGAAGGUCCAGAGGGUCCAAAAGGUCCAGAGGGUCCGGAAGGUCCGGAGGAAGAAGGCCCAGAACCAGGACCAGAGGAAGAAGAACCAGAGGGACCCAGACCAGAUCUUGUUGGUGUUGUUGAGCUUGUCGAAUUCGUUCAGUCAUUUAGUACGCUGCCUGUUAAGCCCAGCAUGGUCACCCAGGCAGCCGGAAUUCCUCUGGAGAAGGACGGCGUACUGUUUGACCCCACUAAGGUCUUUGACGGAAACCCGGAGACAUUCUGGGCUCCUAUGGGUCUAGACAGAAACUUCAAUAACUGGUGGUUUGUUGUGGACCUCGAGAAGACCGUCACAAUCGACAAGGUGACUAUCACCAACACUGGGGACACAACGCACGACACAACAUCUUUUACGAUAUCAACAUCCGACACAAGUGAACCUGAAAGCUUCACGGUGGUCAAGAAAUUCGACGUUGAUCCUGGAACGGAUGAACCUCAGGAAUUCGGCGGCUUCCUCAUCACCACCCGUUACAUCCUCAUCACCGUUACGUCCACCACGGAUGGAGAUGAACCACACGUGGCUGAAAUCACUGUCCAUGGUGUCGAAGGCGAGGUUCCAGAAGACGUAAAACCAGAUACCAUCGAGGAUGACACGGACACAGACAUCGGGACAUUAGUACAACUCAUCCAUGUCCUUGACAAGACGGAUUGGCUGGUCAAACCAUCUACUCCUGCCGAACCAGUCGAAAAGGACGGCACAACAACCAUCACCUUCCAAUUUGACACUGACCGCACACUGGACACAAUCAAGGUUCCAGACACCACUGUAAAGUCAUUCAGGUUGGAAAGUUCGCCGACUGGAGAGGACGGCACAUGGACGGUGGUUACUUCUGUGGACGAUGUGCCCCGUGAACCCGACCAGCCGAGGGAGUUCGGUGGAUUCCUCGUAACUGCUCGAGUGUUCCGUAUUGUCGUCACAUCGACACAUGAGGACAAAAAACCUACUCAGCUGACAACCAUUGAAUUCCACGGAACAACAGAGAGUAUCCCGAAGGGAGUGGACCUACCGAAAGCCGUGGAAUCGCUGACUGGCAAGAUUGACCUGCCAACGCUCGAACACGUAGACGAGACAGUGUCCAAAGGAGCAUGGAUUCCCGGAAGCCCGAGUGAACCUGUUGAAGAGGACGGGGUCACCUAUGUUGCAUUCACCUUUGACACGGAUACAACUGUAGAGCAAGUCCGAAUUACUGACGAUUCCGUCAAAUCCUUCACGAUACAAAUGUCCCCCACGGGAGAACCAGGUACAUGGAUAGAUGUCAAAUCCUUCGACGACGUUGAACCUCAAGACUUUGGUGGCUUUGUGGUCACAAGCCGUUUCGUCAGGAUUGCAGUCACGCAAACGUAUGAAGGAAAAAAGACAACUCUGGUGCAAACGGAAUUCCACGGGGCUCCUGGUGGUCUACCGAAAACACCCGACUUUGAAGAAAUUACUCCUGAUUCAGCAUCACCGCUGCAGGGACCUCCCCAAGCAAGUCCAGAGGAAGCAUCUAGUCCAGAAGGUCCAGAGGGCGUACCUAGCCCAGAAGGCGCACCCGGUCCAGAAGGCGCACCUGGCCCAGAGGGAGGAGAACCCGGCCCAGAGGGAGGAGAACCCGGCCCAGAGGGAGCACCUGGUCCAGAGGGCGCACCUGGCCCAGAAGGAGGAGAACCCGGUCCAGAGGGCGCACCUGGCCCAGAGGGCGCACCUGGCCCAGAAGGAGGAGAACCCGGUCCAGAGGGCGCACCUGGUCCAGAGGGCGCACCUGGUCCAGAGGGAGGAGAACCCGGUCCAGAGGGAGGAGAACCCGGCCCAGAGGGCGCACCUGGCCCAGAAGGAGGAGAACCCGGUCCAGAGGGCGCACCUGGCCCAGAGGGCGCAUCUGGCCCAGAAGGAGGAGAACCCGGUCCAGAGGGCGCACCUGGCCCAGAAGGAGGAGAACCCGGUCCAGAGGGCGCACCUGGCCCAGAGGGAGGAGAACCAGGCCCAGAAGGAGGAGAAUCCGGUCCAGAGGGCGCACCUGGCCCAGAGGGCGCACCUGGCCCAGAGGGCGCACCUGGCCCAGAGGGCGCACCUGGUCCAGAGGGAGGAGAACCCGGCCCAGAGGGCGCACCUGGCCCAGAGGGCGCAUCUGGCCCAGAGGGCGCACCUGGCCCAGAGGGC